GACGCUCAGGUGGUCGCCAGACGCUGCCGCGCCGUCUUGGAGGCUGGUGUGUGUGUGUUUGUAAAAAGUGGAAACUUGAGAAAAUACAUAUUAAAUAAAUAAUACGUAUUCCAGUGAAACGACAGGAGAAAAAAAAAACGCUCCACAAAAGAUCUGUCAAGAGGUACGCGUUUUUUUUCUCCCGAAGGUAAGAAAAAAUAAACUUGUAAAAGAUCAAAGGAGUGUAAGUUCACGAAAACAAACAAAGCCAACACACUAAAAACAAAAACUCUGCCACGGAACCCAUAAAGGAAAGCAAACAGCCCCGAGCGACGCGCAGGCCAAUCGUUCCCCGCAUUCCCCCGGCGAGGCGUGCGUCGGCGGCCGCGGCAUGGGCGUAGCGGAGAGCGUGCGGGUGGCGGCUGCGGCUGCGGGCGUGUUCGUCACCCUCGCCGUCGUGUUGAUCACGGUGGCGGUGGUGAAGAGCUGUGCCGCGCCCACCGCCGACGAGGAUCCCGGCGCCAGCGAACUCCUUUCGCACCUCUCGCUGCUCUACAAAGGCACCUACGUCAUCUACGGCAACGGGCGCCGGAGCGAGCGUGACCUGCCCGUGUGCGCGUACCCGGGAGAGGCCUGCAACCUCGCCCACAAGAGGUUCUGGCUCACGCCCAUCACGGAGCGCCUGUGCCGAUGCCCCGACCGCUCCGAGUGCCCGCUGCACUUCAACGGCCUCAACGACACGCACUCCCAGCACGUCUCAAACCGGGCGCAACUCAAGUUCUGCGGCAACGUGAUGGAGGAGCUCUCGGACUGCAAGGUGGGGGAGCUGGCCCUGAAGGUGCGCCAGGUAGAGCGCCACGACCAGCCCUUCCCCUCCACCGUCAACAGCGUGAACCAGGGCGCCGACGUCCACUCCGAGCUGCAGUGCCGGUGCCCGUGGCCGCACCGCUGGACGCUGGCGGAGACACGCAUCCCCUCGCCUUCCGAGACCGUCUUCAUGUACACGUGCGAUGAGCUCCCCAAAUGCACGGUGGGCGACGAGUGCGGCCGCAUCCGCGCCGACACCCUGGAGAGCUAUUACUCCUGCUCGUGCCCCGAGAACCACCUGUGUUUAUUCCGCGACCCCCAGUCCACCCACUCCACCAGGCAGCUCCAUUUCCAAGGGAAGGCGUACAAAGCCACGUGCACGCCGAAUUAGGGUCGAAUUAGGGCCACACCAACCGAGGGGCGUCUGGGAUACCCACUCUCACCCCACCCCCCCUCCUCCUCCUCCCCGCCGCCCUCAGGCAUUUCGAGGGCAUGUUUAUUUCUUCUUCCCAUAUUUCCUUUUCCUUUUUUUUGAGGGUUAAAAAGGGGGGAGGAAGGGUGGGAGGGAGACACUGUAUACUAAUAGAAACGGGGUUUACUUGUCUAGCCUUCCCGUGUGUUCAAACUUCAAGUUAUCGAUUGUAUGUUUUAAGAUCUCAUCAUCUCAUUUCCAGCCUAACCAAUUUUCAUUCUCUUUGUUAAUAUUAAGUGGUUUAGGAAAUGUGUAAUUGUCACCAGUUCAUUACUGUCUAUCCUUACGCACUGACUGUGUUCUCAACAAUGUACAUUUCUUGAAUAUUUAUACAACAGAUUAAAGGUCUUACUCCAA